ACAAAUGCCGAUACCAAGCAACAACAACAUUUGGAUAUGGAAAAGGCAGUGGAAACGUUCGAUGAAAUAAUCGGCGGUUAUACCAAAGAAGAAGCCGUUUAUGAAGCACAACGUUGUCUUUCCUGCGGAAAUUGUUUUGAGUGCGACAGUUGUUUUGGUGCUUGUCCGGAACAAGCGAUUUCUAAAAAUGGCAAAGGAGAAGGAUAUACCAUAAAUUAUAAUCAAUGCACGGGUUGUGGCGUAGUAAAUGAAGUAUGUGCUAUUUACCCCAUCACUCCUUCUUCUACCAUGGCAGAAUUAGCAGACGAAUGGGCAUCAAAAGAGACAAAAAAUAUAUGGGGCAACGUUCCUGAAAUUAUGGAAAUGCAAAGUGAGGGAGGUGCUGCCGGAACUGUUCACGGAGCUUUGCAAGCAGGUGCUUUAACCACCACUUUUACCGCCUCUCAGGGUUUAAUGCUUAUGCUCCCCAAUAUGUAUAAAAUUGCCGGAGAAUUAACCAGUACGGUUUUUCAUGUAGCGGCUCGUUCAUUGGCGGCACAGGCUUUAUCUAUUUUUGGAGACCAUCAGGACGUAAUGGCUGCCAGAACUACCGGAUUUGCCAUGCUUUCUGCUGCAACUGUUCAAGAAGCCCACGAUAUGGCACUUAUAACCCAAGCGACUACAUUGAGAGCCAGAAUUCCUUUUAUUCAUUUUUUUGACGGAUUCCGAACUUCUCACGAAGUGAAUAAAAUAAAUCUAUUAAGUGACGACCAAAUCAAAGCUAUGAUAGAUGAUGAAUGGGUAAUUGCUCAUAGAAACAGAAGUCUAAAUCCGGACAAACCUUUUGUGAGAGGAACAGCUCAAAACCCCGAUGUUUAUUUUCAAGGCAGAGAAACCUCUAAUCCUUUUUAUGCUAAAAUUCCUUCUAUUUUGAAAGAAGAAAUGCAGAAAUUCUAUGAAUUAACAGGAAGAAAAUAUGCUCCUGUUAGUUAUUUUGGGCAUCCGGAAGCAGAAAAUAUCCUUGUUAUUAUGGGUUCCGGAGUAGAAACGGUUAUACCAACUAUGGAGUUUUUAAAUAAAAACGGAGAAAAAACAGGAGUGAUUAAAAUCUCAUUAUAUAGACCUUUUCCAAAUGAAGAUUUUAUUUCAGCACUACCUAAGACAGUAAAAAAAAUAGCCGUUUUAGACCGAACCAAAGAACCGGGGAGUAAUGGCGAACCAUUCUACCAAGAUGUUUUAGUUUCUUUAACAGAGGCACUUACGGCAGGAAGUUUACAAAAUAUGCCAAAAGUUAUCGGCGGUAGAUAUGGGCUUUCUUCUAAGGAAUUUACCCCUGCAAUGGUUAAAGCAGUCUAUGAUAAUUUAAAAUCCGAAACCCCUAAAAAUCAUUUCACUGUUGGAAUUAUAGAUGAUGUUAGUUUUACGAGCAUUGAUGUUGAUACUAACUUUACAUUAGACGAAAGCAAGUGGAAUCAAGCUCUUUUCUUUGGAUUAGGUUCUGAUGGAACGGUGGGUGCAAAUAAAAAUACCAUUAAAAUCAUAGGAGAAAAUACCAAACUUUUUGCUCAAGGGUAUUUUGUGUACGAUUCUAAAAAGUCGGGAGCAAAAACGGUUUCUCAUCUUCGUUUUAGCCAAGAACCUAUAGAAGCUCCUUAUUUAAUUACAAAAGCUGAUUUUGUAGCCUGUCAUUUCUUUAAAUUAUUAGAAAAUGAAGAUAUGCUAAGCUAUGCCAAAGACGGUGCUAAAUUUUUAUUAAAUUCUCCUUAUUCAAAAGAUGAAGUUUGGGGUAAAUUACCCUAUAGAGUACAACAACAAAUUAUAGACAAAAAUAUUAGAUUAUAUGUGAUUAAUGCUAAUGAAGUCGCCCAUAAGACAGGAAUGGGAGGAAGAAUAAAUACCAUUAUGCAGACUUGUUUUUUUGAACUUUCAGGAGUUUUACAUUCAGAUGAAGCCAUUAAACAAAUCAAAAAAGCCAUUGAAAAAACUUACAUUAAAAAAGGGCAGGCCGUAGUUGAUAAAAACUUUUUAGCUGUAGAUCAAACUAUAGAAAAUCUUUUUGAAGUUAAACAUCCAAAUAAAAUAACGGCUAAACAAGAGCAAGAACAAACAAUAGAUGAAAACGCUCCUGAAUUUGUGAAAAAUGUUACCUAUAAAAUGAUGAUAGGGAAGGGAGAUGAACUUCCUGUAAGCGCUAUCCCGGUGGAUGGUACCUAUCCUAACGGCACUACCAAAUGGGAAAAACGAAAUGUUUCCGAUAAGGUAGCCAAUUGGAAUCCCGAUAUUUGUAUUCAAUGUGGAAACUGUAGCUUUGUUUGUCCUCAUUCGGUUAUACGUUCUAAAUUUUACAAUAAAGAAUUAUUGGCGGAUGCACCUGAAGGUUUUAAAUCUGCACCUAUUAAUGCAAGAGGAUUUCCGGAAACUAAAUUUACACUUCAGGUAUAUGAAGAAGAUUGUACCGGCUGUAAAUUAUGUUAUGAAGUAUGUCCUGUGAUUGAUGUAGAAAACAAUGAAUUACGUGCCAUCAAUAUAGAACCGAAAAAUCCCAAUCUUAAAGAACAAAAAGCGGAUAUUUCAUUUUUUGAGCAGUUACCUAAUCAUGAAAAAAACAUGAUUAAUUAUUCUACCGUUCAUGGCGUACAAUUUUUAGAACCGAUGUUUGAAUUUUCGGGAGCUUGUGCCGGAUGUGGAGAAACACCGUAUAUAAAGGUGCUUACACAGCUUUUUGGAGAUAGAUUAAUGGUUGCAAAUGCUACCGGUUGUUCUUCUAUUUUUGGAGGAAAUUUACCCACUACGCCAUGGAGUUCUAAUUCAAAAGGAAAAGGACCGGCAUGGAGCAAUUCUUUAUUUGAAGAUAAUGCGGAAUUUGGCUUAGGAAUGAGACUUUCUGCCGAUAAACAGUUGCAAAUGGCUCAUUAUUAUGCCGAAAAAUUAAAACCCGAAUUAGGCGAAGAUUUUGUUAAUGACCUGAUAUAUGCUCCUCAAAAAUUAGAAAGUCAAAUUAUUAAACAAAGAGAGCGAGUAGAGGUAUUAAAAAACAGACUUCAAACAAUAAAUACUCCCGAAGCAAAACAUUUAUAUUCUCUUGCAGAUCAUUUGGUGCAUAGAGCUGUUUGGUUAAUCGGUGGAGAUGGAUGGGCUUAUGAUAUUGGAAGUAGCGGGUUAGACCAUGCUCUUUCUACCGGAAAAAAUAUCAAUGUAUUAGUUUUAGAUACGGAA